AUGGAUCUGGCAUCACUUAUUUGGAUGGUAUCUAUGGGCUCAAUGUACAUAUUUGGAGCAGCCAUAUACGCAACACGAAUACCAGAGAGAUGGUUUCCCGGACGAUGUGACCUUUGGUUCCAAUCACAUCAACUUUUCCACACUUUCGUUGUAAUAGCUGCUUUUAUUCAUUUUCACGCUAUCACUGAGAUGACAAUGAAGAAUCUGAUGGAGGGCUCCUGUCCUGAGCGCCUAUUAGAAAGAUAUGGAGCAGAGUCUUUCCCAUCAUUCCUGGGUACUCUGCUAGGAUUAGACGAGGAUCCCAACAUCAAAUCCUGGACGCCCGAUAUGAGACCUCCUUAG